ACGCGGUGGAAAGGUCACAACAAAUUGAGCAAAUCCGCUCUCUUUCUAAACUGCGCAUCGCCGCGGCCACACCUGAAACCAGAAAGGUCUCGUAGUCGCGCCUACACCUGCUACAACACAAUCGUUGCAGCCGAAUCUAAAUGUGUGUUUUGAAAGGCCGUAGCAAAUUUUCAGUCGAACUGGAUCGACGGUCACUUUCAUGAAUGCUUUAGCCUACAAGCUCUUCAUCACAGUAAAUUAGUAUAGCUACUAUAUUACUACGAUAUCAGCACGUCAUGAUCAUUUAAAGCGUAUCAGAACAGACUAUAGGAGGAGGACCUCGCAAAGGAAAUUCUGUUCGCACCUGCCGAUUUGCCGUUAAAAAAGGAGUACCUGGUACUGCUUCAGCAAUGGGCCUGCGGAUAGUCCGGUCAUAACGGAAAACGAGUAAGCCUGAUCGCUUUCUUGCAGCUCGUUGCAUACAGACUGUUUUCUGGCUGUGUGCUGUUAUCUGAGAUGUACAUGAAGAUGGGUUGGAGAGGGCUGGUCUGUCCAUGUGAGGGGAGCAGGCAGUGACUUCUCCCAUUGUCCCUGGUGAGCGUGCAGCGGGGCAGAGGGACUCUGUGCCAGCUGUGACAGGAACAGCAGCUGAAUAAACCCAUUCAGACGCAGGACGCCGCUGCCUCCUCCCACCCCCACCCCCCCACCCCCCACUCCCUGUCCCAUCCACGGACAGCAGCCGCAAACCCUUCAGUCCCCUAUGGCAUUUGGCAAAGACCCCUGGUCUCGGCAAGGAUGCCAGCCCUGACCCCUCUGCUCGGCCCUGGGAACGAAGGCACAGAGAGAACGGAAGAGGAGGCGAGGAGGAGGAGGAGGAGGAGGAGGAAGCGUGGGCAUUGUGCGCUGCCGCGGGUGGCCCCCAUCUCCAGGCCAAUCUCCAGGGUCUUCUUCCAAGCCGGAGAGUCGCAGACUGCAGGACCUCCACUCGGCCCGUUUUGUUCAGCUUUGCGUCUCUGACUCCGCGUGUGCUCCUCGGAUCCGCUCGCAGACUUGCUGAGGCCCACAGAAACUUCACUCCAGCGCUUCCUCCCUUUUCUGGCCUUGCAGUCUAUGAAUUAUUGAGAGGACCAGCUCUUUAUCCAGCGACAGCACGCUCGCUGGUCUUCCUAGGUCUCAUUACUGCUGAUCGGAGAGAGGUAGUGGGCUAAGGGUCCGAAUGGACUGAAUCUAGGGGAACAAACCUAUAGCUCAGGUAGAUGAGCUGCAUGUACACUUCAAACUGCAGCUUCGGGCGGGGAUCAGUUCUGAUUAACAUCAUGAAAACUUUUGCACAAAAUGGGAGACAUGGCUUUUUAUGGAUGUCUAAUGUACUGUUUGGAUCCACCAACAUUUACAUUUGAUGAAGGUCUCAUACAGGAUUCCUAUUUUAGUGGAUACCUCAUCAUACCAAUGUACUGGGAAAUGUGUUCAAAAGAACAAACUAAGAAAAGCUGAAUUCAGAGCCUACUAAAACUGAACUGGUAAUUAGCCGACAGUGUGAUUGGAUUUAAGUAAAGUUAAUUGAAGUCCUGUGUUAUCACUCCUGAGGAAAAUGCUUUGGGCACUAAAGCAGAAAAUUCUGAAUUAAGGCAAACCAAGAUGAUGUUAUGUUAAUGCUAUAUGUCUGAAUUGGGAACAACACCAUAAUUUUUUGAUGACUGAAGACCUUGUGUUUGUUGGAAAUUGCUAUUGGCUUGUUCAGAAUCACCAACAUUGCUGAACAGAUCAGAGGAAUAAAACAGUUUGUUCUGUGGCCUCCUAUGCUAAAGACUUCUAGAGGAGGAGAACCGGAUGGUUCUUACUGGUGUCUGACUUAGAAGACUGAGCGGGUGAGCAGGGGAAGAUGCCGGAGUUGGAGGACUUUUCUCCGCCACCGCGCGACCAGCCAGACCCGGCGCAGAUCCAGAGGAAUGUUCUAGAAGAGCAGGUGGAGCUAUGGUGGUUCCGAGAGCCACGCAAGUCCCUGCUGUGCUACUGCGCCUCCGUGGGGCUGAUCCUGGGCUGCGGGCUGGGCGGCGUGGGCCUGCUGUCCACCACCACCAGCCUGUCCAGCGAGUGGCGGCUGGGUGUGGGCACGGCGCUCUGCCUGCUGGCCCUGGCCGUGCUGCUCAAGCAGUUGCUGAGCUCCGCAGUGCAGGACAUGAACUGCGUCCGCAGCCGCAGGCGCAUCGAGGUGCUGAAGAGCGGCGGGCUGUCGGACCUCAUGGUCAUCCUUCUCACCGGCCUGGCCCUGCUCAUCUGCGGCACGGUGCUGCUCAACCUGGCCCUGGCCAGCGGCCUGCCCCAGCCGGGGCUCGCGCUCAACGACAUGUUCAUCUCCGGGGUGGUGCUGCUGGCCGUGGGUGGGGCCACAGUGCUGGCAGUGGCCGUUUACUCCGCCGUGGUCUGCCUCCUGGAGAGGGUUAGGCCUGGACAGAGGCUGAGGGGCCGGCCCGUGGGCGUCUUCACCAUCUCCGGACAGAUGAACGAGACGCGUAGAGAGACCACGUCCAGCAUGGCCAACCUCAUCUGAAACUGCGACUCAAAGGGAACAAAGCACAUAGAUACUGCACUUGGCUACUAUUUGGGGAAUCCAAAGGCCUGCAACCCACAUCCAUGUUGCUCACUGUAUUACAUUUUCAAAAGGCAGGUUUAAACUGUGAAUCCUCAUUGGCAUUGCCUUAAUAUUAAGCCAAGGAACCACUGAAAUGAAGUCCCUGUCUUCUCUAAAAGAGCUGCUGUGUACAGUCCUGUCAAUCACACUAAAAACUGCUAUGAAUGUUGGAUUGUGUGUGGAAGCGUGCUGUUGUUGCUUCAACCCACCACUGCCCUUGCUUUACUCUAAAUGUAUCAUCUCACACACACUGUGUAAAACAGUGUGCCUCUAUCCUUGUAUCCAGCAGUUAAUGAUAUUGGGUAAAGAAGCAAACAUUCAAACGCAUGCCAAGCUGUUCUUCCAGAAUUACACUUGUUUGUCUAAAACACUGAGAGGUGUGUCUGUGUGUAAGUUGGCGUAGCUCACGCAUACGAGUUUGCAUGUCAGUGCUCUUAUGCCCUUUCCUGGUUCUGUAUAGCACUUGGAUCAAAUAAAAUUUACCAUUGAUAUGGA